AUGGUUAAUGCUGGUGAUCAAUCAGCGUCAACUUCUAAAAGAUGUAUGUUUACGGACAUCCCUUGUGAAGUAUUCAUUGACAUUUGCAAGUUUGUACCUCCUGUUGACCUUGUGACGCUUACAACUGUGUGCAAGAAAUUUCGUUGUUGGUUACUUGCUCCCUCUAAUUUUGGAACAGAACAGAUCUGGAGUACGUCCAGGAUGACUUUCAUACCAGGUUUGAAAGCACCACCAAAAGGAAUUUCAGAGCAAUGUUAUAUUUUUCUUUAUUUAAUCGAACUAGGCUGCCAGUUUUGUGGAGCUGGAAAAAUGGAUCCUUACGGAAAAUUGCCUACUGAAGCACCAACAAAAAUUUAUUGGGUUUUUAGGGUUCGUUGUUGUAAACAUUGUCUUAUGGAGAGAACAAUAACUCAACUAUUUGAUAUUUCGAUUGAUCAAAUAUUUGAAAAUCAAAUUUUUCGAGAAAAGAUUAUUCAUCCUGGUUGCCUUGUGGGUGUGCCAUACAUAGAACGAGCUAGUCGACCACCUAUCUAUUGGAAAUCAACUGUUGAAGCCGCAAAUCGAGAAUUUGUUAAGGUCAAUGAAAAAGAUAUUAAUAAUUGGAUUAGGAAUAAAGAAACUGAACUAGAAAAUUAUAAUACAAUCGCUCAAUUAUGUGAAAUUCCUGAGCCUACAACAUGGAAUAGGAAGACUAAAUUAGAAUCUGUUAUUCGUCAGUUAAUAUCUGUAGUACCGAAUGAUGCCAGACGUAGUGAACCUCAGGUGAAAGUAGAACUUCGCCGAUGUCCAACUUAUAAAAAGUAUGUUGAUGCUUCUGAAACAAUGAAGCUUUUUACAGAACAUCACUGGAAUAAAUUCCAUGAUACUAUUUAUAAUGAAUACCAUGAUAGACGUAAUUAUGCUGCUUUAAGGGCGCGACAAUAUGACAUUUUCUUAAAAGUUCAUUCUCUGAUUCAAAAAAAACGUUAUACGGAGUCAGAUCCUCUUGUUCAGUAUCUAUGUUAUUGCCCAUCGUUUAUGAAGCCACCUUUUGUUUCAAAUAAUUUAGGUGAAUCUUGGGGCAUAAAUCUUGAUGAUAGAGUUCUUGAAAAUAGAUUAAUUCCACAACUUGCACAGGAAGCAGAUAUUAUUGCACAUAAGCCUAAACACCCAAGUCCAAUAACAACUGUGGCUGGAGUUCGAAGAUUAAAACUGUUAAACAGACCUAUUUUCCGAUGUAAAUUGUGUGUUGAGUCAAAUGCUGAUUGUAAUAUACUAGAUUACAAAGAAGUCUGUAAUCAUUUACAAAAUAAGCAUGGUAUCACAGAUAAAAAUAAUAAUAAUAUGAUUAUAGUCGAUUACUUGGAAACAGCAAAGAACCAUUUGAAACGUAAUUCAAAUUUAAUUUGUUUUUUCUUUCCUCUAAAUGAAUGA